AAAGAAGAAGAAGAAGAAUAAGAAGAAGUUUAAGCAAGCGAGCUGACAGAUCAAUGCUACAGAUAUACAGUAUUUUCCAAUUCUUCCAUGUUACUGGACUUAUUAAGCGAUUUAAAGCAUCCAGUAACGUUAGUUAGAUAAAAAAAACAUUUGCCCCAUACUUCGAUAGAUAGGUGGCGGUAUAAUACGUAGAGUUGCCAGGGAGGAAAGAAGAAGAAGAAGAAGAAGAAGCAAAAAAAAAAAGAAGAAGAAGCAUGGCUGCUGACAUGAGAUUACCAACUGUUCAAAAAACAGUGUCUUUAUCAGCUUCAGCUUUCGACCGAAAAGAUCUGGUCGUCCCCGGCGAUGUUAUCACUUCAGACACCGGCUUCAUGAGGGGUCAUGGUACCUAUGUUGAUGAUGACAAGCUGACGGCUUCAGUUGCUGGAGAGGUGCAGAGAGUAGACAAGCUGAUCUGCGUCAGACCACUUAAGACCAGGUUCAACGGUGAGGUUGGAGAUGUGGUGGUUGGCAGAGUCACAGAGGUACAACAGAAAAGGUGGAAGGUGGAGACCAACUCCCGGCUGGACUCUGUCCUGUUGUUGUCCUCUGUCAAUCUGCCUGGAGGAGAGCUGAGGAGACGAUCAGCAGAAGACGAGCUCACCAUGAGAGAAUACCUUCAGGAGGGCGACCUCAUCAGUGCAGAGGUGCAGUCUGUCUUCUCAGACGGAGCCCUAUCCCUGCACACCCGUAGCUUAAAGUAUGGAAAAUUGGGUCAAGGAGUGCUGGUACAGCUCUCUCCUUCUCUGAUCAAGAGGCAGAAAACCCAUUUCCACAAUCUGCCUUGUGGUGCAUCCAUCAUCCUCGGGAAUAACGGCUUUGUGUGGUUGUAUCCCACACCUGAACAACUGGAUGAGGAGGCUGGGGGAUUCUAUACCAGCCUGGAGCCUGUUAGUCUGUCAGAUCGAGAGGUGAUUUCACGGUUGAGAAACUGUCUACUCGCUUUGGCUGCACACAAGGUCCUUUUGUAUGACACCAGUGUUCUCUAUUGCUAUGAAUCUUCAGUUCCACAUGAGGUCAAGGACAUCUUGAAACCAGAAGUGAUGGAGGAGAUUGUAAUGUUGACGCAACAGAAGCUGUUGGAACAGGAAGGUUAAAGAGCACAAACGUUUGACCUGAUCAAGCAGCUAUGUCGCGGACUGACCACCUAUUUUGAGGACCGAUUUUCCUUUUUUCAAAGAACCAUUGUUAUUGUGACAGCCCUUUUGUACAGUUGAACAGCUCCAAGUGUAUUUUAUGUGACAAUACCGAUGAUUAUUGUUUGACUGCUGAUUAUGAAAGGUAUUUUCUCUCAAUUCUGCAGCAUUCAGAAAUCACUAGAGUAGCUGUUCUUGUGUUUUAAAGAGGUUUAGUGGAACACUUUUGAUAAUGUGUGGUGUUAAACAAAAAACUGUUGUAUGCAAUACAUUUUCUAUAAAUUUCAGUAUUUC